GUUUUUUGUUUAAGACCACUGUCUUAAUUCUGAUUAAUGUUAAACUUGUUUAAUGUUUAAGCAGCCAGAAAACAAAAGGGUGUUUCUGUCUAUCAAUUUACAAUAUAUUUUUAUGGGUGACUCAUAGUCUUGUUUUUUAGUUUAAUUUUUUCAGUUAUCUCUAAUAUUUUUUAUAAUGGAUUCAUCUUCGAAGAAACCAUUGAGUCCGAGGGAUUUGCGUUCAAAAAAGCCCGCACCGUUGCCUCGUACUAAAAUAUUGACAGCGAAGGGAUUAACGCAAGUAAACCCUGACAAGUCAUCAAGACUAGUUGAUGUAAAAUGUGAAAAACCAAUUCACGGUCACCAUGGAAACAUCGAAAUGUUUGAUUCUCUUUUAUAUCAAACCGGAAUGGUGUUAUGUGAAAAUACAAUUACACAUCCACCAUUGUGUGAACGAAACAUGAGUAGAGACAAUUUAGAAAAAGUUAAAUACAAUCCAAAUGCAAUCCAGAGUACCAUUCAGUUUACCAAUUCAUCUGUGCAUGAAUUCAUUAGUUCAUUACAUGAACGGCCCAAUAACAUAUGUGAUCAAUCAUUGUUGUCGGAUGCCACAAAAUGCCUGACUAACAGUACUGAAGAAAAUUUUAAUGAACCUAGUGUUCCUAAAAUUACUGGUGAGCAUAAUCAAGACCAAGCAAAUACUUUCGGAAAACCUGUAAUAAAAGUAAAGACAUUUCCAACAACACCUUCCAGAGUUUUAAUACCUAGCAAAAUCGUCAGUCAGAUUAGUGAAAAGACAUUUGUUCCAUCUAAACCUCCAAAAGUUUUGUAUACAACUAAUGCCAUAAAUAGUGUAAUUAAUACUGAAAAGGAUUUAACCAAAGACAACACUUCUUUUGAUAGCUUGCCGUCACAAGAUUUUGGCAUAAAAGUGGAGGUGGAUGUUAAGAACUUUACUCUAAGUGAAUUUGACCCACUUCAUGACAGAAAUCCCAGCACUAAAUUUCAGGGUGUAAGUAACAGACAGAUUUUAGACUCCAUUAUUAUAGAGGACACAAAUGAUUUUGAAGAUGUUUUUGGUAAUGAAAGCAAGCAGAUUUGCAUUAGCGAGAAAAAAAUCUUUAGACCAAUACCUAAUGUUGAAGUAAUAACAAUUCCAGAGUCACAAGAAGUUAUACAAUCAGAGCCGAAAUCACAAAAUAUUGUCCGAGAAAUGACAGAACAACUUGGAUCACAAACAGAAUGUUUAACAAUACAGAAAUCACAACAAGAUGCACAAAUUGUGGAAUUUGGAUCAUCACAUAACCUAUCUGAUGUUACCUUAUCUCAAGUCAGUUUUGCUGAUAAGUCAGCAGCAACUUCCAUUUUUCAGAAUGAGGUUUUAGAUGUUACUCCUUAUACUAACCAAGACAGUGAAGUUCAGAUAAUUGAAGAAAUCAGGCCGUCAACAAGUAAACCAAAGAGUUCUACUAUAUCAAAAUUUAAAAAAUUAUUUGGUGUACUAUCAGAACCUGAUUUAAAACCACUGCAACAACCAGCUAUAAAUAAUUAUGGUCCCCAUUUUAGUGGCAUCAUGACAUGGAUUGCAGAUGAUAAUUUAGUUUCUAUGACAAAAUCUUUGUACUGUGCUUUGGCUGAGCAAAAAUUAUUUUGCUAUGUUGAUUCGGCUAUGCAAGUUCUUAAGGAGGUAUACAAACUGAAUAGUGUUACUUCACUACAAAUGGUAUUACCAGUGGAGUGCAGUAAUAGUUUAUAUUGCUUUGAGCUGGGUAUAUCAAAUACAGAAUCUGGCAUAAAACAUAGCUCCAGAUUAAAAAUUACAUUUGGUUGUCCAACCGCUGCUGAAAGGCUUACAUGGGCUCAAAAAAUUGCUGCCAAUCUUACAUCUGCCUUUCCUUCCAUUAAUUACUCGGAAUUCACACGGCUAGGAUGGUGCUACUUAAAGGUGGGCGUCAGUGGCGAAUGGCUAGCAGCUUGGCUGCUACUAGCAGGAAGGGAACUAAUGUACUAUUGUACUGAAGAUAUAGCUGAUAAUGUGGACUUAAGAAAAACCAGAUGUUUAGGUACACAGACGGCCGACGAGGAAUCAAAAAAGGCAUGCCCGUCUGACUGUUGUUCUAACUUGCUUCUGGAUUGUUCUGUCACUACUCUUUAUUUACGUUUUCCGCACACUGAAGAGUUCCAGAACUGGAAUUCUGUGAUAAGUCUCGCGGCGCACAGUAACGGCUUAGGACUCUAUGAGCAACAACUCACUAAUGAAGAGGUCCCCACAAUCGUAGACAAAUGCAUUAACUUCAUUUAUGCAUACGGCGUUCUAUCAGAGGGCAUCUACCGUCGUGCCGGGAGAAGCGUUGUGCUGGCGGAGCUAUUAACCCGAUUCCGGGCUGAUGCAUGGUCUGUCCAGCUCACUCCUCAAAUUUAUACGGAGCAUGACGUCUCUGGAGUAUUUAAACGUUUCUUCCGGGACUUGCCAACUCCGUUGAUCUCAAGAGAAUGUCACGAUCGUUUGAUUAACGCCUUAGCUAUAGAUGACGAGCGUCGCCGCCUCGAUGAAUACCAACGCGCGCUAGAUAAAUUGAGCCCAGUGUCCUGUAACACAGCUCGUAAACUCUUUGCACAUCUUAACUUCAUCCAAAAAUGGAGUGAAGUUAAUAAGAUGAGUGCUGAAAACCUGGCCGCAGUGUGGGCACCAACCAUUAUGCCGCCUUGUGUGAAGAGCACCGGCCUGCAAAUAUCGUGGUCAGAAAAGGAGGUGACUGUGGUGCGAGAUAUAAUCUUAAAUUAUCAAGCUGUUUGGUGCCCAGACGAAGAUGAAAUUAAACGGGAUUUAGCAUGCCAUCGCGUCAUCAUGAGGAUGCAGGAAUCCGCACGCUCGCUACCUCAGCCGAGCUCUGCUGGUGAUUUGCGUUUCUGGGUUUUCAUGGAUGAUACUUCUAAUCACUUCCAAGUUUCACUCACGCCAGACAAGACCAGUUCAGAUGUGUGCAUGGAACUAAGCGUGAAGACUAACAUUCCACACUAUAAGCUUAUGUUGGAAGAACAAAUUUGUAACGGCAGCAUGAAACGGAUAGUGCACAAGGACGAGAUCGUACUAGACGUGGUCACCCGAUGGGGAUACUGGGAUGAUGAAGAUAGAAAAGAUAACAACUUGGUGAUUAAAGAGAACAAAAUCCUAUAUCAAAUGGAUGGAUUGCAAAUGGAUGCUAUGUCAAAAAACGGAACUCAAGUAUGCGGCCAAUUGCGUUAUGCCAAUGAUGCUAUGAAAAAGUUUAAAUCCUAUGUAUUCGAAGUCAAUUCCUCCAAGCUCUCCGGUUACGCUGACUCGCAAGGUUCAUCCAAAGUGGAGGAAUGGAACAUUGAUGAUAUAAUCUGGUAUUUUGGCCAUGAGAUCAAGAGAGAUCCGCAAUCCCGAUGGGCUAUCACAUUUAUUCCCAAAAAUAAGAAACGGAGGAGCAAGGAGCAUCCGUACUUCGGUAGUACAUUAGCCGGCGGAGUGACAGAGUCACAGCUGCAAUGGGCAACCGCACUGAUGUUUGCUCAACAUGACACCAUAUUGCCAAUGCCACACGAUUUCUUGCAAUAAGUAUAUUUAUACAUAACUGUUAAAAUACUUGACUUGCUAUGUUAU